AUGAAUAGAAUCAGCCGUUGGAGAAAGGGAGCGAGAGCCCGAACCCAAUUUCUAAGAUUGCUGAUAUUUUAAAGGCUACUUACUAGUGGAUCCCAUGCUCAUUUGGGCCACUGGCAAAAUAAUCCUAUUUCAACAUGAAUAGCCCAACCACAAAAUAGUUUCUUAAAAUAUUUUUUUCGUAUUUUUAAAAUUCUAUUAAUUCCUUAUCCAAAAUUAGGAGCCCCAAAUUUCAGCCAUGGCGACCUCAGCCUUAGCCAAUCUCUUCUCUCUCUUCAACCCCUCAAAGCCACCACCGUCGGCGCCGCCCUCUCGGCCUCCCAAACUCCCGCCGCUUCAUCUCUCCACCGCAGCGCCACCGUCCUCAUCAAACACGCAUCCAGGGUUGGAACCGCUGGUUCUGUCCAAUGAAGCGCAGUUGCGGCCUUCAUACUCGGCCGACAUCGCGGCAGUGGUCUGCCCGUCGCUCGCCUACGCGAACACGAUGUUCUUCCGAUCCGCUUACAAUGUUCAGGUAAUCGUGGACGACAACGAACCGGAGGAGAAGCUGCUCGGCCGCUUCAGGAGGGAAGUGAUGCGCGCCGGAGUCAUCCAGGAAUGCAAGCGCCGCCGGUUUUUUGAGAACAAGCAGGACGAGAAGAAGCGGAAGACGCGGGAGGCUGCGAAGCGCAACCGUCGCAGACGACCUCAAGCAAGAUUCACAACACAAGAUAAGCCAGAGAUUUCGAAGAGCAAGAAGGAAGAAGAUGAUGAUAACUGGGAUAUUCCUGAAGGAAUCCUUCCCAAGUGACCACAUCUUGUACUUCUCCACUAUCUUCUGGUUAAAUGCUGCUCUGUUAGUCUUUUUCGCCUCUUUCAAAUUGCUGCUGUGAAAUGUGAUUUUUCGAGGUCUCGUGAGGUUUCUUUCUAAUGUAGUCGCAGUUUCUUGAGCGAAUUUUGGCAAUGGGAGAUUUUAUAUGAAUUCACUGGUUCGGAUGAGGUGGGUUCUGUAUUCAUCCGAAUAAUUUUUACCAUUGAUCAGAUGGAUGAAACUGGAUUUCUGUAAAAUGAUUUACCAGAUUGAAUGAUUGACAAAUGUAUGCAGUAAACUAGUUGUUAAUAAUAAUAUUAUGAUCACUUGCUUUAAUUAUA